GGACGUGGUGAGGAAAUGCACUCUGCUCUGUACUAGUCUAACCAGCUGAGCAUGACGUGAGACAGCACACUGGGGACAUUGGUAUGUUGUGAGCCAAGGAGCGGCUGAAAUGUCUAACAAGGACUUUUAGACCUGCUCUUCAUAAGGUGCCAUUAUGGAUUCAGCCAGGAGGCGCUUUGAAUGGUUGAACAGACAGGAUGCAGAGGUCUCAGACGAACCCCUGCCCCUCAGAGAUGAUAUAGAAGAACAUUAUGAACCUAUUGGAGUUUUUCCAGAAAAUGAGGAACACAUCUACGAACCGACUAUAGAAGGAAUCAUAUCCCCAACUAAUCAAAGACCAAUACCCAGACCAAGGAGCUGGAUUGCAAGAACCCCCCAAACACAGCAGGUCACAAAAGGACUGCAGAGGACCAGGUUUUCAGAAUAUUUGCCCGGACGACUAGGAAUCCCCCCUCCACCUCUGCCCCCAAGAGGACCGCUCCUCCACACACGCUCUGCUGAAACACAUGAGCCCAUUUCCAGAUUUCCCCGGUCCAGGACAGAAUUUAAAGUUCAAGAUCCAUGGGGUAUAACCCUGGUAGACACUCCACAAGGCAGCACCAAAUCACUGGCCACUUUGAGUUCAUCCGUCUCACAGCUGAUGUCACGUUACAAACACACAGAUGAGCACAACACAGGCAUUGUGUGGGCCCGUCUGUUGCACAUCCACCCAGCUCUGCUCCAACAAGUGGAGGUCACUGUGAGUGUAGCUACAGACUGGGACAACCACCAGCUCCCCUUCCCCACACCAGUGAACCAAACAGUCAACAGUGUGAUUGAUGAAGUCUUUACUUUAUUGGAUAUCCCACGCCGUACCAACGGCCGCUAUGUUUUAAAAUUGUGCGACUCUGAGGAAUACCUCCACAAUGAGGACCUUUUGGGAAUGCAUGAGACCAUUCAUACGUACUGCAGGUUCAACUACAUAGUCCCCAUGCGUCUACUGCACAUUAACGACUUCAGGCACUGUCUGGCCCGAGAUGUUGAGGAUGACAGGACGCCUUGUGAGCUCUUGCAAUUCUUGCACCUCGGCUGUUUCUUCAACGUGAGCAAGUUGAGCCUGCAGGACGUGCUCGGUAACUUCAACAAAGAGGUGGCAAAUUUCAUGAAAGGAAAGGCACAGCUGAAUGUCCAUGCAAUUGUGGGCCGUGUCCGCACUGUCAGUAGUCUUUUGUGUGGAGUCUCAACCCAAGAACUAGAGGACGCCAUUGGCAUGAUCAACAGGAUUAACCCAGUGCCCAUGAGUGCAGAGGAAAUGUCUCAAUGUGAAACUGCUAUUCUCAUGCUGCACAAGGCCCUCCAAAGAGUACUGCAAGUGUUUUUUGACAACUUCCAGUCUGACUUCAGGGGCCUAGGCGUCGAAUAUAAUUUACAAUGUUGUGACAUCGAACAAACAAAUGAUAUUCUGCAGUUUAAUGUUGCAGCUCUUUACAGAUUGCAGUCUGCUUGGAUGAAUUAUGAGUGCUUUUCUGUGUCUUGUGACUUAUUAUACGUAAAUACAAAGAUUUGCGAGAGCAGUGUGUCAGAGAAUAUAAGCACUGCAUUGGCCUAUGGAACCAAGAUCCAGUUCAACAGACCGAUGGUGUUCCCGGUUCAACUAAAGAACCUCCCUUAUGAAAGCAUGUUGAAGUUUCGGCUCAUGGGCUCAAAGAGAGGAAAGAGUCCGGAGCUCUUGUGUUGGGCUGUUCUGCCACUUUUCAAUAACAGAUCUCUGGUAAACGGGACCAUCCUCCUCAGUAUGUCCUCUCUGACAGAGCACCCCGCCCCUCCCUCCCCUGCUCUGGCUGAUGCACACAGACAGCCCAUGGGAGUCCUUAUACAGCUUGAGUUUUCACACGAGUUUGAAUGGACCUUUUGGCGUCCGUUAGCACUACCUGGCUCCUCGAUAUUCAGUCAACCUUGUCAAGAUGUACACAAGAAAAUGCGGGAGGUGUCUAUGAACCAUUGCCUCUGCUUCCUGACCCCAAAUGAAAAAGCAUUUCUCUGGAGUAAGCGGUACGUUGCUGAUAAAGGGAGCACCUUCUUGCACCUGUUAUUGGGGGGAGUGGAAGAAUGGAGACCAGAGAAUUUAACAGAGAUCUACACAGUGGUAGACAACUGGGCCAUCCACCUGCCUGAAGAGGCACUGUUCCUGCUCAGUGACAACUUUCAUGACCAAACUGUAAGAAAAGCAGCUGUGCGUUACUUUGAGCAGAUCCCAGACAGUGAACUAGAAAAUUUUCUGCCACAACUGGUCCAAGCUUUAAGAAGUGAAUGGGAACUUGAUGGACCUCUAGUUAUGCUGCUCUUGGAAAGAUCUGUCAAAAACAUACGUAUUGCCCACCAGCUGUACUGGUUGCUAGAAGAUGCGCACCAGGACCCUCAUUACCAGAACUGGUUCAGUAAAGUGCAGGCGGCUCUACGGCACUGCUGCGGACACACCUUACGAAAGGAGCUGGAUAAUGAAGCCCGUUUGGUCUCUCUGCUCACUCAAGUGGCAGAUAAAGUCCGCCAGGCUGACAAGAGCAAACGCAAGGGCAUUUUAAAUAGUGAGAAGUACAAGAUUAAAGAAUUCUUUCACAAUGGGACAAGCUGCUGUUUACCACUAGAUCCUGCUGUUCAUAUAGCAGCAGUGGAUAUAGAGGCCUGCAAGUUUUACAACUCCAACGCAGCUCCUCUUGGGCUUUCAUUCAUCGGUAGUGACCUUCUUGGCAAGAACGUCAGCAUCAUCUGCAAAACUGGAGAUAACCUCCGUCAAGAUAUGCUGGUGCUGCAGAUUGUUCGUAUGAUGGACCAGAUAUGGCUCCAGGAGGGAUUGGACAUGCAGAUGGUCACCUACAAGUGCCUCUCAACUGGCAGGACUGAAGGUUUGAUAGAGGUGGUGCCAGAGGCCGUCACUCUGGGAAAAAUCCAUCAGGAGUGGGGUUUGAGCGGGACCAUGAGAGACGACACUCUGGAGAAGUGGUUUCAUAUGUUCAACAAAACCCAUGAAGACUAUGAAAAGGCUGUGACCAACUUCAUUCACUCCUGUGCUGGUUGGUGUGUGGCGACUUUUAUCCUAGGCAUCUGUGACCGUCACAACGACAACAUCAUGCUGAAGAACACUGGCCACAUGUUUCACAUCGACUUUGGCAAGAUCUUUGGCAAUGCACAGAAGUUUGGCAGUUUCAAAAGGGAUCGCUCACCAUUCAUCUUUUCCUCUGAGAUGUGUCACUUCAUCACAUGUGGACGAAAAAAGCCUCAGCGCAUGCAUCUCUUUGUGGAUCUAUGCUGCCAGGCCUACAAUGCCAUCAGGGGGCGCUCUGCUCUUAUACUCAGUCUGUUGGAGCUGAUGCUUUAUGCAGGAAUGCCCGAAGUGAAAAGCAGCAGUGUUCUGCAGUUUGUUCAAAACAACCUCCGGCCACAGGACACAGACCUGGAGGCUACAUCCUUUUUCACAAUGAAGAUUGAGGAGAGCCUGAAAUGUGUGUUUGUGAAGAUCAAUUUUAUGACACAUACCUUUGCUCAAGGGAAAAAAACGGGCAUAGUAAACAGUGAAGGUGGCAUGCCUUCCACUAGCACCAACAUCCAGCAUGCUGUCAUUCAAGGAUACUCUGGUGAAGGAAAGCAAGUGAACUUUGAUCUAAGAAUAACCAUUGAUGAUGGUUACACUUUAAGGAAAAUGACAUUUGGACAAUUUGAACUGAUCCAUAAAAGGAUUCAGAAUCUCUUUAUUGAUUCAGCUCUGCCACAGUUCCCCUCUUGGUUUCAGAUGUCUUUCACAUCUGCCAGAAAAAUGUCUCUGCUCAACAAGUACUUAAAGCAGCUCUUUGACGGACCCUGCAAAGGGAAUGAAUAUGUAUGCACACUGUUCAUGGAUGGUCCCGAAGAGGCCCAACGAACUCUCGGCAGGGAAGCCCGCCCUCAGAUUCAGCUAAAUCUUACUUAUAAAGACAACAAGCUCUCUGUGCUGAUCAAACACUUGAAAAACAUUAAGUACUCCAGUGGAUCAAGCCCCGACACUUACGUGGUCACACGGCUGCGACCUGAUCCACGUCUGCGCUCCAAGAGAAAAACUAAAAUGGUUCGCAAUAAUGGCAACCCCACAUUCAAUGAACUGAUAGAGUAUGACAAUGUACCUGCCAAUUCAGUGUAUGGGAUGGUUCUGGAGGCCACUGUGAAGAGUAGGAAGAAAUUUGUGGGUGCCACAAGCAUUAAACUGGAGGAGCAUUUAUUUAACAAGGAGCAAUGGUUUCCACUGGGCAACUGUGAAGUCUAGCAACAGAGUGAUGCACUGUGGAUCUUUGACCAACAGGUGGAGCAGCUGCACCAGAAGAAGUUCAUAAGAUACUGAAAUCGUCAGGCUAUACAGGACUGAUUUUAUUGCCUUUAUCAAAAGCAACAUAUUCUCAUUCCACUGUGUAACUCAGGCAGCUGAUUUUGGCCCCCCACGGGAACUCUGAAGGAAACUGUUUACAUGUUUAUUUUUUACUGUGUACAAACGGAUGAAGUCAUGGACUACUAUAUCACAAAAGUGCUGCGGUCUAGUGUUAAUUGAUGCAGAGGUGUCCACUCCAUGGCAUCAUGAACACUGUCUGCUCAGUGUUUUGACUGAGUCUAUUUAUUUGAUGACUGGAUUUGAAGAGGGAUGGGGAAGGAUUCUCUUUUACCUUAUCCCCUGGCCCAAGAUGGAAUAACUAUAAGAACACCGAAACUGAUCAGUUUCGGUGUUCUUAUGCAUGUAUUAUGUAAAAUGCAGUCAAAGUAGUUUUAAAAUGUACUUUCGGUCAAUAAAGAGUGUUUAUUUCUGCA